GCUCUCGGCGGGGCCAUGCGGAUGGCGGUCGGUGCGGCAGCGGGCGAGGGGGCAGCGCAGAGCCCCGGCCCCGCCGCCGUGUCGCUGGGCUUGAGCGUGGCCGUGGUCUCCAGCCUGGUGAACGGCUCCACCUUCGUCCUGCAGAAGAAGGGGAUCGUGCGGGCCCGCGGGAGAGGUACUUCAUACUUAACUGAUAUAGUAUGGUGGUCGGGCACUAUUGCAAUGGCACUGGGUCAAAUAGGGAAUUUCUUGGCCUACACUGCAGUCCCAACUGUGCUAGUGACGCCCUUGGGAGCUCUUGGCGUUCCAUUUGGGUCCAUCUUAGCUUCUUACCUGCUGAAAGAGAAACUGAACAUUCUUGGCAAGCUGGGAUGUUUGCUGAGCUGUGCUGGGUCUGUUGUUCUCAUUAUCCAUUCCCCGAAGUCCGAGAGUGUAACAACUCAGGCUGAGCUUGAAGAGAAGCUUACAAAUCCAGUUUUCGUGGGUUAUCUCUGCAUAGUGCUGCUAAUGCUUCUCCUGCUUAUCUUCUGGAUAGCUCCAGCUCAUGGACCUACUAAUAUUAUGGUUUACAUCAGUAUUUGCUCUCUGUUGGGCAGUUUCACUGUUCCCAGCACAAAAGGCAUUGGGCUGGCUGCUCAAGAUAUCUUUCACAAUAACCCAUCAAGUCAAAGGGCUCUGUACCUCUGUCUGGUACUUCUGGCAGUAUUAGGAUGUAGCAUUAUCAUUCAGUUCAGAUACAUCAAUAAGGCACUGGAGUGUUUUGACUCCUCUGUGUUUGGUGCCAUCUACUAUGUUGUGUUUACCACUUUAGUCCUGCUGGCUUCGGCCAUCCUUUUCAGAGAAUGGAGUAACGUAGGAGUCGUAGAUUUUUUGGGCAUGGCUUGUGGAUUCACCACAGUGUCUAUUGGAAUUGUUCUUAUACAAGUCUUCAAGGAAUUCAACUUCAAUAUUGGAGAUUUAAACAAACCUAACAUGAAGACAGAUUAAAAUAUUUUUGAGGGGAAACUGGAUGGCUCAGGGAAGGAUGCAGAGCUGUUCAUUUCUAGGUCACUAUUUCAAAUAGGAUUCAGGUUGGUAACUACCCUCUGACAAUUUGGUGGCCUAUGUGAAAUGAACUGGAGGCCUCCAUCCAGUUUCAAAGGAACAGCUUCCAUGUAACCCAGUCAACACAAUAAAUGACCUUAAUUGGAGCUACUAAUUGAGUCAGCAUAGAGACCAAUGUAUUUCCUCACUGUAAAAGGUAGUCCAUCAGAAGAGCUCUGUGAAUAUUCUGACAGACCUGUGUGAAAGCUUGUAUUGUGACUUCUGAGGCACCAUUUCUGUGGGCAGAGGACAUCCGUUUCUAAUGCACUCAAUCUGAUACCUUUCAUCACAAGUGAUGUAUACCUUUAAAUAAAAGGGGAAAAGUAAGUGGAACAAUUUGUGAAUCUCAGUAUAGCAAUGUCUUCACCAUCAAGGCUGUGAAUUCUCAGACAAACGUUGGAUCAUGGACUGUAAUUUGUUGUUUUUAGUGACUGUCUUGGCAACUUUGUCAGCCAUGCGGUGAAGACACAGGGGAGUUGUAAAUUGAGUUCUCUAUUCAGAGCAGUGGACCCUUAAAUAUCUUUCACUAAUUACUUAUCAGCUCAUGGUAGUGUCCAGGUAUGCAUUUUCCUUUGUAACUUACAUACAUUAAGACAUACUGCAUUCAUCUAAGAGUGUUUAAGUGGGAGCAGGUAGAAAGACUGUGAAGGAUGUGGAAAUGAUGCACAGGCUUACUGCCUACAUUGUGGCUUAUUUGUAAGCAGCUCAGAACUGUUUCAGUGCCUUUGCAAUCAAAAAAUACUGCAUAAUUUUGAAUGUAUUUGUUUCAGAUGGCCUAUACUGGUUUAAUAAUUCAAUUUCACUGUCUACAAUAUCAGACUAUAUUCAAAUUCUAAACAUAUAAAGCAUCUAGAAGGACCAUAUGUUUUUGGAACAAUUUACAAACCUGAACUGAAACCCCUGGAUGCCUUGACAGCUUCUGAAAAACUCGUAGUCCUAAUGGGAAGAGAAGUGUUGAAAUCAGUUCAGCAUACCUUUAUUUUAGUUUAGUGUCUAAAUGCAGGAGACCAUUUUGUUGAACAGCUAAUAAAAAGUGACCAUUAAAAAAAAAAGUAAUUUAAAAGAGAACGGAGGAUGAGAUGUCUCAUAGCUCAAAAAAGAUGGUCUGAUGUUCUUGUAAUGUGGGAAAAGGAGGUUAAAGACUGAAAAAACGGAAGCAUUCUGAGAGUUUUAGGUAACUGACAGGGACAUCCAUUCAGAUCAGUAAUUCACAGACUUUGUGAACACUUCAGUUGUAAUAUUUUUACAAGUAGUACACACAGCUUAAGCUAUGAUGCGGAUGACUCCAAACAGCUCAGUUUAAACCAUUUAGAGAAUAUUGAUAUGUUAAAGAAUGAAAUAGUUAAUUUCAUGUUCUACUUACAUUUGGUCAAAAAGUUGAAAUCUUGAAAAGCAGUGAAUAUUUGUUUCAGGCUAAGUACAAAAAUGAGUACAGUGGAACUCAACGUCUCUAGAUGAGAACAUCUCCCGAGAAAACAGAAAAUCCCAAAGUGAUUACAAGACAAUAUUUGAGAAAAUUCACAACAUUUUAUCAAGAAAUCAUGAAUGUAGCUUUGUGGCUGCCUGACAGGACCAUGGAUGUUGAUUAGUGGGGAGUAAUACUGUCUGCUCUUGUGAUGUUUUUUGUUGACCUGAAUUGAGGUUUCCUUAAAACUCAGCCUCCAUUUUCAUUUAAAAUGAAUGCUGUAAGCCCUACUAAUGGCAGCAAUAAUUGCAAAAGUGAAUCCAAAAGAUUUAGCGUUCUGAAGGGACUGUUCUGAGGGAGUAAGAGCCCUACUAUGUUAUUUGCUAGGUUGUUUUAAAACUCCAUAUUGCAGGGAAUGGCUCUUGAGUUGGCAGAAAUGUGCACUGUUACAGGCCAACAUGCAGUAACUGGGUAUCUUAAUGAAAUAGAGUAGCUCUAGCAGAGAAAAAACCAUCUUCAUGGAUUUUCAAAUAUUAUGCAAGGUUUUUAGAAAGUCUGAGAAUUGUAGAUGAGGGUAAUUGGGCUAUGAAAUCUGGUUAAACUAGCAUCUGUCCAUUAUUGAUUGGAAGAUGGUAUCUUGGUUCUCAGCAAACAUUCAUAUUUUGUCAUGUUAAUUCCCUUUUUUUUUUUUUUGAUUGAACCUGGAAUUGCACAUAGGUUAUGAGACCUGUACUAACCUACUUGUUUUAAAACAAUGUUAUCUGUUUUUUGAAGCAGUCAAGUUGUCUUUUCAAAAUUCAGCUGAAAGUUCAUGAGUUGUGUGUUGGUUUUGUAUUAGCCUUUAAUCUCUGAAGACUUCUCUGAAAAUCUUUAUUGGAUUUUCAGAAUGGAAAUUAUUGUGGUCUCAUCUUACUCCUUC